AUGGCGAAAGCGAAGCAGGAGACUCUUAGAACAAUAUUUAAAUCUCUUGGCUUAGGCGUAGAUAAUGAGGCAUCCAUUAUGUAUACGCUUGUUGAUCACGCGCAAACAAGAAUUUUGAAUAUUCUCGGAAAUGCGUUACAAAUUACUCACAAAUGUAAAAGAAAUAGACUUACGGUUAAUGAUAUCAAUAUUGCAUUAGAAUCUCUUCGGAUCCAGCCACUUUUUGGCUACUCCAGUCAAAUAGAACCCGAACUUGUUGACGUGAAUGGAGAUAAUAAACUUCUUGCAUACGACGAUUCAUUUGUUCAGAUCGACCAAUAUGGCCGUAGAGAGCUCCCAGCAUAUCCGCUUGCUACAUCAUAUGACAUUGAUUGGAUUGCUCUAAAUGGAGUUGGUCACAAAAAUCAAGAAGUUACAGAGGACAAUAACGAAAAUAAUGAAAAUGCUCAGCUGAAGCAGGCCAAUCAAUACAGACAGUUCAUUCAAGAUUCAGAUGCUUUUGUCGUUUCAAACAAACAUCAGUUUUCAUUUACCCAUCAGAAAUUCUUCAGAGAGUCUCGUGAUGCUCUUCUUUCUACAAACCAGCUCAAAAAGGAACUCAUGUUCUACAAAUUAUCAAGAUUGGACUGUAUUCAGAUGCUUGUUCCUUAUUACGUCAGAUUCACACUUGUACAGUUCCGCGAUCACUCCAACGAAUGGAAUACCUUAUACUCCUCUCUCUGUACAGCCCGUGCCCUCGUGCAAAACCCAGAACUUAAAAAUAUUGAAAGAUAUUUGCAAAGUUUCAUUACGAUAGCCCUAUCAUUUCUACUCAAUCCCGACAUCCUUAGGACAAAUGUUGUCGGUCUGAUCCGCAUCAGAGAGCUUGCUGCAGAGUAUUUAGUUGUAAUAUGCGAUAAAAUUUCAAAUGGCUAUCCAAUGGUUCAGCCACAUAUUACAUCACAACUUAUAAGUGUCCUUGUUGACCCUGCUCGCUCUGUUUCUGAGAAAUAUGGAGCUUUUUGCGGAUUAAAUGCAUUUGGAUCCGAAACCAUCGCCAGAUUUGUCCUCCCACAUAUAGAUGUCAUUGUGAAAGACCUCGUUAAGGGUCCAAUGAGGGAUGGGGAUAGAAAUAUCAGAAUUGUCGCCGCAACAUACUACGAUGCACUUGUAAACGCGGUAGGACUCUGUUUAUACAACGAUACAGCACGAAGCUACUUAAAUGGAUGCAUGGAACUCGCUCCAAGAACAGCUGAACACAGAGAGAAGAUAUUUGAGACUUUAGGAUCAUUAUUACUGCCAUUUUAUAUAGACGAAAGUGUUGAAUUGUCGAUUUAA